GAGUUCCCAGCCGGGCAAAAUGUGAAUGGGCGCGGGGGAGCGCGGGCGGGCAGAGCGGCGCGGCGGCGGGGGCGCACGGUGGCGGCGGGCGGGGGGCCAGCCCCGAUGUGCGGGCUGCGGCGGCGGGCCGCGGCCCCGCUCCGCCCCGGCUCUGCCCCACGCGUGGGCGCUGCGCGACUCUGAGGAGGAGGAAGAAGAGGAGGAGGAGGAGGAAGGUGGUCGCUGCCCGCCGCCGCUCCGGCAUGAGCGCGGCUUUCCAGCCCUCGCUGAUGAUGAUGCAGCGCCCGCUGGGAAGCAGCACGGCCUUCAGCAUCGACUCGCUCAUCGGCAGCCCCCCGCCGCCCGCCCCCGGCCACUUCGUCUACACCGGCUACCCCAUGUUCAUGCCCUACCGACCCGUGGUGCUACCGCCGCCCCCCCCGCCGCCCCCGGCGCUGCCGCAGGGCGCCCUGCAACCGGCGCUGCCCCCCGCGCAUCCCCACCACCACCAGCUCCCCAGUCUGCCCACGGGUUUCUGCUCCAGCCUGGCUCAGGGCAUGGCCCUCACCUCCACCCUCAUGGCCACGCUGCCCGGCACCUUCCCCGCUUCCCCCCAGCACCAAGAGGCCGCCAGGAAGUUCGCACCCCCGGGUAACUUCGAUAAAGCAGAGGGGAUGCCCCCCGACGGCGGCGGCGACGACGGCAAAGCCUUCCUGGGGAAGGAUGGAGCCCUCCUGCCCUUCCCCGCCGCCGACACCGUCCAGGCCUCCCUCGGCCUCUGCUUUACUUCCAGCUGGGGCUCUCCGGGGCCAGGGGAAGGAGGACCCCAAAGCAGAAGAGGACGCAAAAGGCAAGGAGGAAAGUUUCUCCAUGGACAGCGAUCUAGACUACAGCUCGGACGACAACAUCCCCAGCCAGGCGGCUCACAAGGAAGAGGACUCUGGCAACGCACUGGAGGAAAAUCCCCAAAACCCCCCCAAUUCCACCAACACCACAUCCACAGGCAAAAACCGGCGGAGGAGAACAGCCUUCACCAGCGAGCAGCUGCUGGAGCUGGAAAAGGAGUUUCACUGCAAAAAGUACCUGUCCCUGACCGAGAGGUCCCAGAUCGCUCAUGCCCUCAAACUCAGUGAGGUGCAGGUGAAAAUCUGGUUCCAGAACAGACGGGCUAAAUGGAAACGGGUCAAGGCGGGCAACGCCAACUCCAAGACAGGGGAGCCCUCCCGAAACCCUAAGAUCGUGGUACCCAUCCCGGUGCACGUCAGCAGAUUUGCCAUCAGGAGUCAGCAUCAGCAGCUGGAGCAAGCCCGACCCUGAUCUAUCCCUAUGCUCAGAACCACAAGUUUUUGAGGAAAAGUUUCCAAAUCAGGGUUUAAAUACAACUCACCUCUCCCUCCCCCAAAAAAAGAAAAAAGAAAAAAAUGAAGCAAAAACCCUAAAGCAUACAACAGCCAACAAGAAAAAAAAUCCUACAUGAACGCAUGGCAAAUCCCCACCAUGAGCGAACUUUAAAGCAAAACUUUCCACUUACUGAGUCAAGCUAGAGUCUGCGAUGGCAAGAGGCUUGGAAACUGUUUUGGUUCAAAGCAGGAAUAUCAAACCCUGGAAGAGACACACAGAUAUUUAUUAUUACGCUGCCCCACUUUGUACAUAUUCGUGCUGGCUUGGCUACGCUGGGGACCACAGAUGCGGUAUGGUGUCGGCACCGGAUCCAGCAGCGAUCUGCCCGUUGUUCCCCCCCUCAUCGGCAAAGACAUCCCCAGCAAAACCCGCAGCGCGCCUUUAGCCAUCUUUUGGGUUUUGUUUCUUAUCGGGGGCAAAAGGUAAAGAGACGAGAGAACAAAAACGAAAGAAAACUAAGAGUUUCAUUUCAUGCCUUUUUUAUUGUUUGAUUUUAUUUCUGAUGGCUGAGUGGCGGGCACGGGGGGACGAUUUUUUAAAUAUAUUUUUUUGCCUGGCUUUCUGUCGAUUUGGUUUGCCUAUUCUACCAAGCCAUGUUUAAAAGAGAGAGAGAGGGGAGGGAGGGGGGGAAAGCACGAUCUUCUCUAUUGUGUUUAAUUUAUUUCAAUGUAGCCUAUUUCUUUAUAAGUUAUGAAAUUUAAAAGCAAACUAAGUCUUGUGAAUAAAAACCGACAAAGAAACAAAAAAG